AUGCUGUUUUCAAAGGAGACUCUCAAGUCUUUUGCACAGUCGAAGGGGAUUUCCAACAUAGACGACGAUGCGCUGAGGGUCUUGUCUCAGGAUCUGGAGUACAGGAUCAAGGAGGUGUGCCAGGAGGGAAGCAAGUUUAUGGUUGGGUCGAAGAGGACAAAGCUGUCUAUCGACGACAUCAACUACGCCCUCACCAGCAGAAAUGUGGACCCGCUUUUUGGAUACGAUCCACAGGAGAGCCUGGUGUUUCGUGGGCUUCCCUCGAAUGUAUACUAUGUUCCCGAUGAAGAGAUCGACCUGGAAGAGUAUCUUGAUAGGCCUCUCCCCAAGGUUCCUCUCCGGGUAUCGAUCCAAUCGCAUUGGCUAGCAAUCGAAGGAGUCCAGCCGCAGAUCCCCUACAACCCAAUACUUCUUGAGAAGCCCGUUGCGAAGAAAGACACGCUGGGAACCUACCAGGAAGAGGCUGAGCUGAAGUCCCAGAACAAGCAUAUGCUUACAAAGGAGCUGGGCAUGUACUUCGAUAAGGUCAUCCAGGCCAUGGAGAGUGACGAGCAGACGGCCAUGGAGUGCCUGCACAACGAAAGUGGGAUCCAGCAGCUUGUUCCGUACUUUGUUCACCACUUCAACGAGCAGAUAGUGAAGAACAUAAAGAACAAGGAGAAGCUCAUGACUGUUGUGAUGGUUUACAGCUCUCUGCUGAAGAACAAGUACAUCUUCGUUGACCCGUAUCUCCACCAGAUUCUUCCCUCGCUCAUAACAUGCGUGAUUGGAAAGAACGUUGACGAUGACGUUAGAAAGGUGGCUGCAGAUGUGGUCAAGUAUGUCUUCAGCAACUUCUCGAGCUCCUACAAGACACUUGCGCCGAGAAUCAUCAACACACUCAGCAAGGCCUGGCUGGACAGGGAGAAGACCGAGUCCACGCAGUAUGGCGCCUUGUUUUGCCUGAGCAUUCUGUCGAAGCAUGUUGUGGAGACAGUCAUAAAGCCAAAGGCAGACUACUAUGUCAGAGAGAUCAACAAUCCGAGAGUUGUAGGGCUCCUGAAGGAUAUUCUGCAGAGCAAUGGGCUUUAA